GUCUUAAUUAGCUUGUUAUAGUGCAUUUGCUCUUACUGUUAGUAAAAGUACUGUAAUAUGGUGGGAUGUUAUGGGUUUUUGAAUCAUGAUCAUGGCGAGUUAGAAAGUGCUUGUAGCUUGAGUUUGCAUAUAGUGAAAGAAUGUUAAUGUAUGCCAGCUUUGUGUCUUGUUUGUUGGGCUUUAGUCUCUAUAACAAAGUUGCUAGCUUUGCUGCUCUGCGAGGGAGGUGCUUGCUUGAUAUCAUCUUUGCACUUGGUGAUGUAGUCAAUCCUUCAAAAGUGAGCCAUUGCUUUUAUUUCCCAAGAGGACAUUUCCAACCUAGCACUAUCAGGCGCAAACGAAACCAUGGCUUCUUUGCUCGCAAAGCAACCAAAGGUGGACGAAGAGUUAUAGCUCGGAGAAUAGCAAAAGGUCGUCACAGAGUCACGGUCUAGAAACACUGAUCUCAUAAAUUACUAUGUAUUAAUAUUCAUGUUUUGAUGUGCUGUUGAAUCUCGGAGUCGAAGUGAAGUUAUAUAUACUUUCAAAAAGUCUAGGCUUUUUCAUUUGUCAACAUUACAAUGUAGCUCCUUUUUAAUGAAUAUUUUGUCAAGGAAUCUCUUGUCUAUGAUGAUGCUGACAAAUUAUCAUUGCUUUAAAUCUUUAGUAACAGACAAAAAAUAUUAAAGUUAAAGGGUAAG